AUGCCUCUUCAGCUACAUCGCCUCGAAGCACUCCCACAAGUGGAUCUUGAUUUCUUCAAGGAGCAACUGGACCUCAAAAAUGAAGCUGAGGUCAAAGCACACAUUGCUAGGAUUGCAUCCAAAGCAUACGAGAUAUACAGUUAUAGAUGUAUUGAACUGUUUACAUUCGCUCAAAUCAAGACAGGACUUUACGAUAGGAUGGGUCCCUCAUCCGCGUACCAGCGCGCCUUGAAACUGUGUUCGCAACGCGAAAACGCUCUCUUCCUUGAAUUUGGAACCUUCUUCGGUACGACUUUGCGCAAAGCAGUCAUGGAUGGGGUUCCAGUUUCCAGGGUGAUCGGAUCUGAUCUCCAUUCCGAUUUCUGGGAAUUGGGACAUGAACUCUUUGGAACAACACCUAUAACGUUUCCUGCCGCCUUCAUUGCAGGGGACGCAUUUGACUCCGCUUUCAUAUCUGCCAGGGGACCUGUUACCACCAAUGACGCCGACAUGCAAAAAGUUCCAGAUCUACAAAGUCUCACAUCCCUUAUUCCUCUGCAGGGGCGUAUUUCUGCUAUACACGCAUCGAGCGUUUUCCACUUGUUCAAUGAAGAAAAGCAAGUCGAUCUCGCUCGAGCUAUCGCUAGUUUACUCUCCUCCCAGUCCGGGUCGUUAAUUUUUGGUGUGCAGCUUGGACAGGAGGUCGCUGGGGUCCGGGAGUUUGUCAGAAGACCUACAGAUCAGACGAUGCGGUUUAUACAUAGUCCUGAAAGCUGGAAGAAGUUGUGGGAUGGGAACGUGUUUCCCGCUGGGUCGGUACAAGUUGAGGCGAAGUUGGUUCCUAUAAAUCUCAAAGACACCGGGGUUGAUGGUAGUAUACUAGUUUGGUCCUGUACAGUCCUUUGA